UUGGUUUACCUUAGUUAUUGUUUACUAUUCGUAUUGGUUUCAGUAUACUAGUUAUUUUGUAAAUAUGUUCGUUAUAAUAACAACAUUAUUUAUAUUAGAAUGUAUAUAUGGAAGGUUAAUUGUGAAUAACGGUACCUUUAUAAUGAAUAAGACGCUUCUAGUUGAUGACUUACCAUACCUGACUGAGAGAGAUUGUUACAGCUGCUUAAGAGUCUAUGUUCCACUAUGCGCCUCAGAUAAUAAAACAUAUGUUAAUGAAUGCAAAUUUAAUUGUAUAAACAAGAAACGGCCUGAGAAGGAGCAAGCUAAAAUUUUGAGAUACGGUCCCUGCGUUUUAACCACCAAUCGAUUUUUUAAUUUUUAUUAAUGUCAAUAAAAGUAUUAAUCUUCCCACUGAGUUCUAUCCCAUGUAAAGACGUGGGGUAGAACGAGACAACAACAUUUCUUUCCUCAUACAUGUGACGAGUCACUAAUUAAUUAAUUACUCACAGUAUUCACAAAUUAAUUAUACUAAUUUUCAUUCACUCAAUAAUUGUAAUUAUUUACGUCGGCUUUCUACCGUGAAGCAGUUGUGUUUGCAUAGCUGUGUUUCGAUUUGAAGGGUGGGAUAUGGCGUGAAUUAACAGGGUACAGAGGAAUAACAUCUAAGUCCUCAGGAAUGGCAACGCAUGGGGGGUGUCAUGGGCGAAACAGUAUACUCUGUUAUGUCCAUGGUACUACUCAUGUUUAUAGGCAACGGUUACCACUUUCCAUCAGGUGGGCCGUCAACUUGUUU